CUGCGCAGGAACAGCUGGUGCCUCGGGAGGCGGCGAGUGAGCGGGCGGGCGUGGGGUGCUGGUGCCCGGCCGGGCCACGCUGCGGGAGCCACCGCCGCCUUGCAUCAUUGCACCAUGUCCGGGCAGCUGGAGCGUUGUGAGCGCGAGUGGCAUGAAUUAGAAGGAGAAUUUCAGGAGCUGCAGGAGACGCACAGGAUCUACAGGCAGAAGCUGGAGGAGCUGACAGCGCUACAGACUCUGUGUAGCACUUCCAUCAACAAGCAGAAGCGGCACCUCAGGGACCUGAAGCACACGCUCCAGAGGUACAAGCGCCAUUCCAGUCAAGAGGAGGCAGAGCUCAUUCAGCAGAUAGGCGCCAACAUCAAGGAGCGACAGAAUGUCUUCUUCGACAUGGAGGCCUACCUACCGAAGAAGAAUGGGCUCUACCUGAAUCUGGUCCUUGGCAAUGUCAACGUGACUCUCCUCAGCAACCAGGCCAAGUUUGCAUACAAGGACGAGUAUGAGAAGUUCAAGCUCUACCUGACUAUAAUCCUGCUUCUGGGUGCUGUGGCCUGCCGCUUUGUCCUUCACUACAGGGUGACAGAUGAAAUCUUCAACUUCCUGCUCGUGUGGUAUUACUGCACUUUGACCAUUCGGGAGAGCGUUCUCAUCAGCAAUGGCUCCAGAAUCAAAGGCUGGUGGGUGUCUCACCAUUAUGUCUCCACGUUCCUGUCUGGAGUGAUGCUGACCUGGCCUAAUGGACUAAUUUAUCAGAAGUUUCGAAAUCAGUUUUUAGCGUUCUCCAUUUUUCAGAGCUGUGUUCAGUUCCUGCAGUACUAUUACCAGAGAGGCUGUCUCUACAGACUGCGAGCCCUGGGGGAGAGGAACCACCUGGACCUCACGGUCGAAGGGUUCCAGUCUUGGAUGUGGCGGGGCCUCACCUUCCUCCUGCCUUUCCUUUUCUGUGGCCAUUUCUGGCAGCUCUACAAUGCCGUCACGCUGUUUGAACUCUCCAGCCAUGAGGAAUGCAAAGAAUGGCAGGUAUUUGUUCUGGCACUCACCUUCCUCAUCCUCUUCCUUGGCAAUUUCCUGACCACACUCAAAGUCGUGCACGCCAAACUCCAGAAGAACAGGAACAAGGCAAAGCAGCCAUGAACCUCUGGACCCUUGUGCCUGGGAGUCUUGAGACUUAAGACUGCUGGUGAUUCCAGUCAGCACCCUGGCUGCCAGUCACUGGUAGCCAAGGGCAGCAGCAUCUCAGGGGCCAGCAGCAUCACUGGGAGCAGGGCCAAGGCCCUGGUCCCUGGCCAGACAUGAGGAAUGUGAAGGGCACCUUUGCGCACAGUAUUAACUUGCCCGGCUCCCUAUUUAUAAUGUAUUUAAUGCUGGGUCUUCCCUGCAUCCCUGGAAUCCGAGACCUCUGCAGUUCUGGGUGAUGGCAGUGGCCAUAUCUACGUCCGUCUUCCAGGGAGGGGCAGAAAGCCUCAGGGAACCCCUCUCUUCCUACUCCUGUCAUUUGAACCCCUCACUGGGGUUUAGAUGUGCCUCACUGGGGUUGGCUUUAGCUGACCUGCUAUUGACUGUGUCCCAGGCACCGGGUGGAAUGAUACCUUCAGCACCUGUGGAGCGCCCUUCUCUGGGCCACCCCAUCCCCUGGACCACCACUUCUGUUGUAAGCACCCCCCCCCAACAUCUCCCCCUCUGUGGUGAGGGAGUAUUUAAGUUCUCAGAGAACCUGACUGUCUUGUCUCUUGCUUUGUGUUUCCUGAACCACCUGCCUGCUGGCCACUGGAAGAAAGUGGCACAGCCUACUCAGGAUCUAGAGAUCUCUUCCCCUUGGAACCUGAGGUGGCAGGGUUUUAAGGAUGGUCACCACCAGAGGGCGCCAAGCUUCCGGGUUGUUUGCGUUCCAGUGAACUCUUGGGGGUUUCUCACUGCCGCCCUUCAGCCUUCCUUCAGGGACUUGUACGUCCUUGACAUGGGCCCUAGACCCAGUGUGACUAGAACUUAAUCCAUUUGGAGAUCAUUCGUUCCCUGCCUCCCUCCAUCUCUGAGAGUCUUAUGUGGGAAGGCCUGUGAGAUCCAGGCAGCAGCAAGGGUGGAGGUGCAGACAGGUUCAGUUGAAUGUUCUGUCCCUUCCGACCCAUGGACCUCAGCUGCCCGCUCAGAUCCGACUCCACAGCUGGUGUCCUCAGACAUGCUUCAUUUGGUCUUCACAGGAGUUUACAUUUCUUUAGUUAUGUGAUAAAAAUGAGAUCUCGCCUCCCCCACGUAAGAAUCCAGAUUUCUGUUUACCUUACAAAAAUGGAAAGACCUGGCAACAUUCCUAAGGGGCAAGAUCAGGCACCUGCUUCUGUUUGCCACAACCCGCCCCUCCCUUCUCCCUGCCCUACUUCUGUCCUUGGUCUCCUGUCCUUGGAUCACCUGGCCUGCCCUCUGCAGGUACCCAGGAUUGCCCCAGGUUAGGAAUCAGCAGACUUUUCCCAUUAAAGCCGGACUAUGGUAGUUCAGGCUUUGCAGGCUAGCCCUAUGGUAACCUGCCAUUGCACAACUGAGGCAGUUCAAUAAAACUUUAUUUACAAAACAGGCAGUGGCCACGUGUGGCCCACAGGCUGUGGUUUGUUGACCUCUGCCCUACAUCAUAAUUUAUCUACAAGGCCUUGGAUUCUGAGAGACCAAGAGGUCCUUGGUUAGCUCUGCAGGGGACAGCAGGGCCUUGGGGCACUUGGGGGAAGGGGGUCAGAAGUCCCUUUCCUUGGCAACCUGACUUUGGGGGCUGAGUCAAGAGGUACUAGGACAGAUGAGCCAACCUAGGCCAUGGUUUCUUCUUGGGGGAUGCUGACUUCCUCUUGGGGGCACUAAAACCACCUGGGAAACUUGGCUUGAAAAGUUCUGAAAUGCAGACCUUCCGGAAGGAAUUUCAGAACUCAAGAGUCUUGCUGUCGUAGACAUUGGUGGUCUGCAGGUCAGUUCUGGAAGGAGGCAGGGACAGGCUAUUCCUGAGCCCCACAUCCUGGUAGAAGCAGAUACUGAACAGGGAGGGGUGAUGAGAUUGAUUACUUAAAUGACCCAGUCCUGGCCAUUUACAGAUGGGGAUGGUCUAAGGAAAGAGUCCAUUCGCCUGAGGCCCCUGAUGGGGCGCGGGCACUGUCUAUGAGGAGUCCCCAGUGGAAGUCAGUGUGGGUUUGGAGGUGAAAUCUGGGGCAGGGAUCAGAUGGGAGGCCUGAGUAUAUUUUGACCUUUUAAGAGAUUAUUUCUUCUUCCCCUGAACAUGUGUCUCGGGCUAAGACAAACAGUGUGGUACAGUGGGAACAACUGGUGCCGGCCCAUGUCCGGCUUGAUGCCUGUGUUCUCUUGAUAGGCUGUGGCCCUCAGUUCCUGACGGGAAGGAGGAAGAGGCUGGAGGAUGUAGCUGAGCUAUCUCAGGAGCUCAGGGAGAUGGUGAAAGAGGAACGGUGACCUUGGGACACUUGUGAACAGCAGUGCACAUCCAUACUUGCACACUCUCCGUGCCUUUCUGAGCUUCAAGCAUGAAUUGGGUUUGGAAAGUGAAACACGCAUGGCUGGGGCAAGAAGAGCUGUUCCGAGGGCCCUCCUGCGGCCUGGGAACAAGUGUCAGCCCCAGGGGAGAGCAACACUGGUGGGUCUGGCAUCCUCAUUCACCAUCGAACCAUAGCCUGAACCCAAAGGGAACAGUUCCAGAAUGUUCCAAGAGUCUAGCCCCAGUGCUCUGAUGGGAUAAAAUCCCAGCAGGAGCCGAGGCCUGGGUCCCUAACCAGGACAGCCCUACUCAGGGCUGUGUGCCCCAAGGUCACAGCAGCAAGCAGAUCCUGCGCUUUUUCUGCCUUUGUGCUUUCUUCAGGGCACUGAGGGCCACCUUGGCAGCUUCCCUGAAGACGUCUUCCACAUUCUCCCGAAACUUGGCGGAACAUUCCAGGUAGAGCGCAGCUUUCAUCUGUUCGCAGGCACUCAUGCCCUGCGGCGGGAUGGGGGAGGCAGUAUUAAUUAGAGGAGGGCCUGAUGCCUCCUGACACCCCCUCAGAGACUUAGGAGUUUGGGAUAGCUUUGGAGGUUCUCCAGAGUUGGAGAACUGACUUCGGUGGCCAAAGUCUAAGUGCUGGCCAGUUUGGUGUUUGCAUGGCUGGAUGGAAGAAAGACACCCCCCACCCCCAGUCCUCUCCCAAGUUCUCAGCGGAGGGGAACUGAAUUCUGAUAUUCUGAGAACUGGGGCUAAUUACAUCUCAGGCUCUUUUCCAAACUCAACAACUGAGUUUGCUGGUUAACUGACAUAAUAAAAACCUUGGUUUUACUAUUA